AUGAAUCCUAUCAAAGUUGGAAUCAUAGGCUACGGCUUCUCGAGCAAAUGCUUUCAUCUGCCAUUCAUCCUAGCCCUACCUGACCGAUUCGAGGUCACCGCAUUCUUUCAGCGCGCGGAAGCUCCCAAGGACCCCAAGGCCGCAGAGCCAGGCUCCCAUUGCACCGUCGACCACCCUGACGCGAAGCACUACCGAACAGCAGACGACUUCUUCGCCGACCCUGAUGUCGAAGUUGUGAUUGUCUGCAGCAGAACAGACACGCACGCCGAAUAUGCCGAGAAGGCUCUCCUGGCGGGAAAACAUGCCGUCGUCGAGAAACCGUUCACCAGAACGACAGAAGAAGCAGAUCGAAUCAUCUCUGUCGCGCGAGAAAGGGGCUUGAUAUUGACCGUCUUUCAGAAUAGGAGAUGGGACUCGGACUUUUUGACGCUCAAGCACCUCAUCCAAAACGACGCAUUGGGAGAUAUCAAGGAGCUAGAGAUUCACUUCGACGUCGAUUUCCCUUUCUGGAUGCGCAAUAUGAAUAAGAGAGAAUACACGCCUGGAGAUGGUAUGAUGUUUGGUCUAGGUUCCCACACUCUCGACCAGGCUCAAGUCCUCUUCGGCCGACCAGCGUCCGUGACAUGUUUCCUUCGCGUGCUUCGUGGCGUCGAGAGCGAAGUCGACGAUUCCUUCACCGCGAUUCUCCAGUACGGUCCGCCGCACCAGGACCUCCUGGUGACGGUCAAGACGAACAUCGCGUCCUGCAUGAAAGAGCAAUUAAAGUAUUUCGUCCGCGGGACCAAGGGGUCUUAUGUCAAGCACGGAACAUGUAUCCAAGAACGACAAAUCUUCGACUCUCUGUCGCCUCGAGAUCCAAAGUUCGGGGUGGAACCGGUCGGUCUCCACGGCACACUCACCACCACUUCGACGUGUUUCGACGGGUCGUCGCAGACCCCCGGCGUCAUCCAAGGAGAAGACCCGGCUUCGACAAGACAAUACGUGGGUCGGUACCCUACGCUCCCGGGCCACUGGUUGGGGUUCUACGAGAACCUGGCCGACGCGGUGCAAGGCACGGCCGAGAUCGCCGUCGAGCCUGGGACUUCCCGGGACGUAAUCAGGACGAUCGAGCUGGGGAGGAUGAGCCACGGUCAGGCGCGGACCGUGCCUUGGUCUUGA